AUGCGAAUAGGCGGGGGCUCAGCAAAGAAAAGGUACGGAUUAGGCCAAAGCAUCGCCUCGACUGUGACAAGCCGGUAUCAGUGGCCUGCUGGACUUUUAAAAAGAAGGCCUGAACCCCCACUCAUUUUGGUCAUGUUCCCGGACGAGUACUCCAUAGUUGACCAGUUAAAGAUCGAUCACAGCGUUUGCAUUUUGGGUUUGUACCUUAGAAACGGCAUGUCGUACAAAGUAGCGAAAUACCAGUAG